GGGUUUAAAAUAAUAAUAAUAAUAAAACUUCCUGCAGUUGUCGGGAGAACAUGGGCCAGAGAUAUAGGAAGCAAUUGAAGGCCUUUAUCGAGGAAACGCAGGCUCAGGGGGCAGGAUUCCUGGCCGGCUGCGUUCCCCGCCGAGGAGCUGUCAGACGCCACAUGUCAGCAGCAGCAGCCAGGCAGGGGGAGGACUGAGUGUCCUUCGUCAGGGAGCCCAGAAGCAGGGAAACCCGCGUGUGACAUUCCGGCUCUUUCGGCUGCGUAGGAAUAAGCCUCCUCCCCUCCCCUCCCUGCAAGGUGAGGAUGGGAACCAGGGGAGCCCUGCUGUGGUUCGUGGUGGCUGCCUGGGCCGUGACGGCUCUGGGACUUGGGUCCCACCUGAAAGGGAAGGACAGACCUCAGCACCAGGUGCAGCAUGGGCCGUGCAGCUACACCUUCCUGCUCCCUGAGCUCGGGGGCUGUUACCCCUCGGCCGCCGAAUACCAGGUCUCCAACUCGCUGCAGAGGGACGCUCCUUCCGGGCCCGACCCCAAGUGGCCAGCCAAGCGGCUCCAGCAGCUGGAGACCACCAUGGAAAACAACACCCAGUGGCUACAGAAGCUGGAGAGCUACAUCCAGGAGAACGUGCGGCUGGAGCUGGCCGAGAUCCAGCUGCACGCGGUGCAGAACCACACCGCAGCCAUUCUGGAGAUGGGGAGCAGCCUCCUGAGCCAGACGGCUGAGCAGACCCGCCAGCUCACCAAGGUGGAGACGCAGGUUCUCAAUCAGACCUCAAGGCUGGAGAUCCAGAUGCUGGAGAACUCUCUGUCCACUAACAAGCUGGAGAAAGAGCUGCUGCUGCAGACCCAGGAAAUACACAAGCUCCAGGAGAAGAACAGCUUUCUGGAGAAGAAAGUCUUGGACGUGGAAGGCAAACACGAGGAGGAGCUGCAAGGGAUCAAAGCCGAGAAGCUGGAGAUGCAGGGCCUGCUGUCCAAGCAAACCCAGCUCAUCCGGGAACUGGAGCAGCACCUCGCCACGGCCUCGGCCAACAACACGGCGCUGCAGAGACAGCAGGCCUCCCUCCUGGACACGGUGACCCAGCUGCUGAGCCUGGUGUCUCAGUGCAACCAAAUCUCCCCGGCCCCCAAGGAGGAGCAGGUGUUCCAGGACGGCGGGGCCGCCUACAAGUCGGGCGUCACCGCCAGCGGCGUCUACACGCUGCGCUUCCCCAACUCCACAGCCACCGCCAGGGCCUUUUGCGACAUGGAGACCAGCGGGGGAGGCUGGACCGUCCUGCAGCAUCGGAAGGACGGCUCCGUGGACUUCCACCGCACCUGGAAGGAGUACAAAGACGGUUUUGGGUCCCCCUCUGGAGAACACUGGCUGGGAAAUGACUUCAUCCACCGGCUCUCCACUCAGGGCUCCUAUUCCCUCCGAGUCCAGCUCCGGGACUGGGACAGCAACGAGGCCUACUCCCUGUACGAGCAUUUCCACCUGGGCAGCGAGGAGCAGCUCUAUCGGUGA